UCCUGAGUAGACGCGCAGCGGACUUUGCCGAACUUUCUCAACUUCUAAACAUAUUUUACUCUGGUUAUAGGUCUCUUCGUGGAGCAUAAAUGCCGAAUCUUCACCGCAAAGCGCCGGGUUUCGUUGCCGUCUGCUUCACCGUCCGUUGCUAGGCGAUGGACGGGCAGCAGACCCAGGUGAGCGACGAAGAGCCCAAAGUCCUGCGAGAAGAGACCCGGAGGAGGAGAAGAAAGAAAGCCAUCUCGUCGUCCUCCUGCACCUCCAUGGAUCAGAUCACUGUGGAGUUCUUCCUGCCCACUGCGGCACACGGCCGAAGCGGCCCCGACACUCUGCCGCUGGAGGUCGCCGGAAACUGGACGGUGGAGCAGGUGAAAGCUCAGGUGUGGCUGAAGGCGGUGACUUUAAACCUCUGCCCUGACUUCUACCAGCGGUUUUCCCCCGACCACUGCAUCCUGCUCUACCAGAAGAAAGGCAACGUGUGUGAGAUCUACGAUAAGCACCAGGUGUUCCAGACGCUGGACUGCAUCCGCUACUGGAGAGCCCUGAAGAAGGACGUGGGCCGGAUCCAGCUGGUCCCCCGUCCGCAGCCCUCAGACGAGUCCCUGCAGUACCAGCGCUACCUGAACUACCUGAUCGGCUACGACGUGACCGAUGUGAGCAACGUGCACGACGACGAGCUGGAGUUCACCCGCAGGAAGCUGCUGACGCCGCGACGCAUCGAGCUGUCCGACCGCGACGCUAAACUCUACUCCAUGGACCCCUGGGUGACCCGCAAGCCGCUGCCUGAGCACCUGCUCAGCAAGGUGAAGGUCAGCAACGCUCACAUCCUGUUGGUGAUCCACAUCAGCACGGCCAGCCAGACCGUCAAGGUGUCCAUCGACGACACGCCGACGCAGGUGUUGGUGAGCUUUUUCGCCAAGUUGUCAAAUAAGAGAGUUUUGCUGGGCAUUCCUGACAACAUGUGUGAGGCCGACUUCGUGCUACGUGUGUGUGGAAGGGAGGAGUACCUGUACGGGGAUAAACCGCUUCAGGCCUUCAACUGGAUCCGUCAGUGUCUGAAGAACGGGGACGAAAUCCACCUGGUUCUGGAGACGCUCCCUGACACAGACCUGGAUCUGGUCCAGAAGGAGGACUGGGCACAAGUGGAUGACUGCACCGGAGUCGCAGGUACCCAUGAGCAGUUGACCAUCGACGAGAAGGACCAUGAGCGGGUGUUCACCAUCUCUAUGUGGGACUGUAACAGGAAGUUCAGAGUGAAGGUGCUGGGUAUCGACAUCCCAUCCCUCCCCAAAAUCCCAGAGUUCAUUGUCUUCAUAGAAGCCAGCAUCUUCCAUGGCCAACAGCUUUUAGCCCAGGAGAGGACGUCCUCUAAAACCUUCAGUGAAGAAGUGCUGUGGAACUGCUGGUUGGAGUUUAACAUUAAGAUCAAGGACCUGCCCAAAGGAGCGCGUCUCAACCUCCAGGUGGUUUGUGGGAAGCAGCCCCUGACGCCAAACUCCAAGGGAGCCUCCGCCUACCAGGAUAAUACAGCAGGAACUGGCAGCCAUGACGGGAAGACCAAGAGCCGCCUCCUGUACUACGUCAACCUGCUGCUGAUCGACCACCGCUCCCUGCUGCGCCAGGGCGAGUUCAUCCUCCACAUGUGGAAAAUGCCAGAGAAGAACGAGGAGAGCAGCAGCAGCAUCAACGCGGACAAGCUCACCUCCGCCACCAACCCGGACAAGGCCUCCGCCAUGGCCGUCGCCAUCCUGCUGGACAAGUACUGCUACCCGGUGGUGCUGCCCAAGAGCCGCGAUGUCACGGGCCGUGGCGCCGGGGGCGAGGAGGCCGAGGGGGGCGAGCGCGGUCAGAGGGAGAUGCCCAACCACCUGAAGAAGCAGUUUGCGGCCAUCGUGGCUACCGACCCCCUGCAUCCGCUCAGCCCCGAGGACAAGGAGCUGCUGUGGCACUUCAGGCACGAGUGUAUGCGCAACCCCAGGGCCUACCCAAAGCUCCUGGGUUCAGUCAGGUGGGGGAGACAGGAAGACGUUUUGGCGACACACCGGCUGUUGGAGCGCAGCAGCGCGUGGGACAGCAGCGGCCUGGACGUUGGUCUGGCCAUGCAGCUGCUGGACUGCCACUACUCGGACGCUCAGGUUCGCUCCAUGGCCGUCAGGAAGCUGGAGACUCUGGAGGACGACGAUGUGCUCAGAUACCUCCUGCAGCUUGUCCAGGCGGUCAAGUUUGAGCCGUACCACGACAGCGCCCUGGUCAGGUUCCUGCUGAAGAGAGCUCUGAGGAGUAAGCGUAUUGGUCAUUUUCUCUUCUGGUUCCUGCGCAGUGAGAUCGCCCAGUCCAUGCAUUACCAGCAGAGGUACGCUGUCCUGCUGGAGGCCUACCUCAGAGGCUGUGGUGAAGACAUGCUGCAGGACUUCAGGAAGCAGGUGGAGUUGACGGAGGCUCUGCAGAAAGUCACCCGUGAGAUGAAGGCCAUGUCCGCCGACAAGUACGACAUCACUCCACAAGUGGUGUUCCAGUUGCGUCAGAGGCUGGAGACUCUGCAGUUGUCCGGUCUGCCGGAGAGUUUCAGGGUCCCUUACGAUCCUGGACUGAGAGCUGGAGCCCUGAUGAUCGAGCAGUGCAAAGUGAUGGCAUCCAAGAAGAAGCCGCUGUGGCUGCAGUUCAAAAGGGCCGACCCCACCACUCUGUCCAGAGACCCCAUCGGCAUCAUCUUCAAAGACGGCGAUGACCUCCGACAGGACAUGCUCAUCCUGCAGAUCCUGCUGAUCAUGGAGUCCAUCUGGGAGACCGAAACACUGGAUCUGUGUCUGCUGCCGUACGGCUGCAUCUCCACUGGAAACAGAAUAGGCAUGAUUGAGAUCGUGAAGGAUGCCACCACCAUCGCUAACAUCCAGCAGAGUGUCGUGGGAAGCACCGGGGCGUUUAAAGAUGAAAUCCUAUGCCAGUGGCUGCGGGACAAGUGUGUCAGCGAGGACAAGUUCCAGCAGGCUGUGGAGAGGUUCCUGUAUUCCUGUGGUGGCUACUGCGUGGCCACCUACGUUCUGGGUAUUGGGGAUCGCCACAAUGACAACAUCAUGAUCACUGAAUCUGGGAAUCUCUUCCACAUCGACUUUGGUCACAUCCUGGGGAAUUACAAGAGCUUCAUGGGGAUCAGUAAGGAGUGGGUUCCCUUCGUGCUCACGCCAGACUUCCUGUACGUCAUGGGAACGUCAGGAAAGAAAAGCAGCCCCCACUUCCAGAAGUUCCAGGACGUGUGUGUGAAGGCUUACCUCGCCCUUCGGCACCACACCAACCUGCUCAUCAUCCUCUUCUCCAUGAUGCUGAUGACCGGCAUGCCCCAGCUGACCAGCAUGGAGGACAUCGAGUACAUCCGCGAGGCGCUGACCGUCGGCCGCAGCGAGGACGAGGCGCAGCGCCACCUACUGGACCAGAUAGAGAUCUGCAGGGAAAAGGGCUGGAUGGUGCAGAUCAACUGGUUUGUUCACCUGGUGCUGGGGAUCAAGCAAGGUGUGGAGAAACGGUCCACUUAGGACUCUGUGUUAACAAGCAAAGGUUAAGAUUUCCUCCAGGCAUAUCAAGCCAAGCCGAUUUGAACCCGUGACGCUGAGUGUAUGCAGACAGGAUGCAUACAUGCUAAAUUGAGUGUAAUUCUAAUAAUUCUGCAAGAGUGACUGUUUUCAUUGCUCUGCUUAGACCAAGUCAAACAUUCACACCAAACUCAAUGACAUUUACAGAGAGUUCUUUCUCUAUGACAAUCAUUGCAUAAGUCUUUGCCCGCUCACAGCGUUAUUUCAGACGGAAAGGUUCACUAUAAUAAGAAGCCUUUUGAGAAUAACAACCAAAACCAGAGUAAGGAAUCGGAUCUCUACACGGCUAUUUUCAUCCUUUUAUAAACUCAAACUACUUCCUGUUUCUAGUUGUCAUUUCCUGCUGAGGAAAAGCAUUUCUCUCACAUUUCCUUCGCAUUGUUUUCAUUUUAAAACACAGUACGUGUCACACUGUUUAUUGGAUUCUCACUGAGGUAGUGCUACACUGUCUGGUAGAUUGAGUAUUGAAGAAAAAUGUUUAGUAUUCAAAAUGUAAAUGAUGUAUUAAAAGUCCAAUUUCAUCAUGCUAAUUUAUAGCUGCUGUAGGAGACUGUUGUUAAAGGCUCUCUAAAUCCUGGUCUGUUGGUGAAGCCUAGCACAUGCUGGUCAGUGCUGUAGUCUCUUCUUAUAAGAUGGUGGAACUCAUAUUUGUUUUUUAUUUGUCUACAACCAAUGAUUUUGAAUAUUUGAAAUACAUGAAGACAGUGCAACGUUAAAAUAAUUCUGUACAAGAUCACUGGCUUGUAAAAUCUCUGUGUGAUCUUAUUAUGUCUUAAACUGUUCUGCCAGAGCAUAUUUUCAAGCAAAGUAAACACUCAUACAAGCCAAAUGUUGCCCGAAAGCAACAAUAUUUUUGUCGAAAUGAGUCCUGACAAACAAAGAUUGGGGCGGGUUAACAGACAAGGUAAAACAAAAACCCACAAAUGAAUUAUGGGAUGUAUUGACCAUCACAGAUUAUGGUUAUAUUUUAUAGGAUCAUUUCCCAGUUGGAGAUGAAAGCUACAACAAACAUCAGCAGUUAGAAAGCUUUCAUAAAAACGUGUUGGAAAAAUAUGAAAUUCCUUGAUUUUGUACUAAAGACUUUUGUGACUGUUACUUUUUUCAAUCAAUGAAUUUGGAAAUAAAAUGUCUCUGUAAUGAUAUCAGACUAUUGAAGUUAUGUAAUCUGCGUUUUUGUCCUUCACAAAUCAAAUUGACCAA